GUGGGGAGAAGAAGAAGAAGAAGAAAAACCCGAACUUGCGCCACCCACAGAACCUGGCGCUCAGCCAAUAGAGGCGGGGCAAGAGCGAGGGGCGUUAAGCCAAUGGGAGGGCGCGGCUCCUUCUGAAGGGAGAGGCCGGAAGGGAAUUCUGUGGAACUGGAGGAAGCGGUCGGCGGGCGAGCUCAUUUUUGUAUAUCCCCCCCCCCAUUUUUUCCGUGGUCGUCGAGUGGCCCGUCUGCUCGCGCUCUCUCAGCGGCGUGGGGGGGAGGGGGGUGCUUCCCUUCCCCGCGCGCUCACGACCCAGUUGCAUCAUGUCUGAGCUAAAGGACUGUCCUCUUCAGUUCCAUGAUUUUAAGUCUGUGGAUCACCUCAAGGUGUGCCCCCGCUACACAGCUGUACUGGCCCGUUCUGAAGAUGAUGGUAUUGGUAUUGAAGAACUGGACACCUUGCAACUGGAGCUUGAAACACUGCUGUCUUCUGCUAGUCGCCGACUUCGAGUGUUGGAGACCGAGACUCAGAUUCUGACAGACUGGCAAGACAAGAAAGGAGACAGGCGGUUUUUGAAGCUGGGCAAGGAGCAUGAAGUGGGCACUCCUAUUAAACAUGGCAAGCCUAAGAAGCAGAAGCUGGAAGGGAAAGGAGGCCACAGCACUGGGCAGGGACCUGGCCGGCCCAAAUCCAAGAACUUACAACCGAAAAUCCAAGAAUAUGAAUUUCCAGAUGACCCAAUUGAUGUGCCCCGUAUUCCUAAAAAUGAUGCUCCCAAUAGAUUCUGGGCCUCUGUGGAGCCAUAUUGUUCUGACCUCACUAACGAGGAACUACGUACUCUAGAAGAGCUCCUCAAGCCCCCGGAAGACGAAGCUGAACACUACAAGAUCCCACCCCUGGGGAAGCAUUACUCCCAACGCUGGGCCCAGGAAGACAUGUUAGAGGAGCAGAAGGAUGGGGCUCGGGCUGCAGCUACUGCUGACAAGAAGAAGGGCAUUUUGGCAGAACUGGAUACAAAAGAUGUUGAUGCUUUGCUGAAGAAGUCGGAAUCCCAGCACGAACAGCCUGAGGAUGGCUGCCCCUUUGGACCUCUGACCCAGCGUCUCCUGCAGGCGCUUGUAGAAGAGAACAUAAUCUCCCCUAUUGAUGAUUCACCGAUCCCUGAGAUAGCAGGCAAGGAUUCUACAGCGGAUGGUGCCAGCACAUCCCCUCGCAGCCAGAACAAGCCCUUCAGCGUGCCCCACACCAAGUCUCUGGAAGGACGUAUCAAAGAAGAAUUGAUUGCUCAAGGCCUGCUCGAGUCAGAGGACCGGCCUGCGGAGGACUCGGAGGAUGAAGUGUUAGCUGAACUGCGGAAGAGGCAGGCUGAGCUGAAAGCCCUGAGCAUGCACAACCGGAACAAAAAGGCUGAGUUGCUCAGGAGGGCCAAGGAUGAGAUGAAUCGACAGGAGCUGCGGCAACGGGUCCGAAUGGCGGAUAAUGAAGUCAUGGAUGCGUUCCGCAAGAUAAUGGCAGCACGACAGAAGAAGCGCACCCCAACAAAGAAGGAGAAAGACCAGGCUUGGAAGAGCCUGAAGGAGCGUGAAAGCAUCCUGAAACUGCUUGAUUGCUAAUACUGGCCUUUGGGUGCAAAACAUUUGUCUACGUUCCUACGUUUGAACUUCAGCCUCUGUAGGGCCUGGCUUAAGGGAGGAGUCUGCUGAAAACUUAAGACUAUAGCCGCUCCUUUCAUUGGCUUACCAGCAUCCUGUCUGGCCAUUUUGUAGCCAGGGAUCCAUUGAGGCUGGGCCUUGGCAGCAUCCCACCUCUUCUUGGGCAUUGCUGUGACAUGGGGGGGGGCCUGGAUCACUAAAGGUGGCAGUCCCUCUUUGAUAUUCAUAGGGCCCAUCUCGCUGUGUCCAGGCAAUGGAGGCAGCCUGCCUUGGAUUGUGGCAUAACACACCAGCUUUCACAGCCCAUCUGUAGCAUAAAAUGGGGGUUGCUCUUGAGGGGUGGCUUGGAUUUACUUACUUCUUACCUUUUGUUUUGCUUCCUGUGAACAAUCAGAAGCUAUAGGCACAAUGAAUGUCCUAUCUGGGAGGGGAAAAAAAUCCCUAAGUGCCUGAAUGAUAUGUACUUGGGGAACUGUUUAUUGACAUUUUUGUGCACUUCUGGGAGCAGGCUUGAGUUAAAAUGGCCAGUGAAACAUGGGUGCUUGCACUUUCCCAUAGGUGGUCCAAGUAGGAAUGUUUAGUGUCCAGCUCUGAACACAAGAGGGAAAUACUGUAUGUGUCUUCUGUUGAACCUUCCCCAGUGGCAGUCCAAAUAGUGCCAAAGGUGGGACUGCUGCCUUGUGGCUGGAGGCGUUUCUGAGCCUGGGAGGCAGCCCCAGACGCUUCCCACCUUGUUUUCUGUUCUACUCAGCUCUUUAUAUGGUGAUCAUGGUGGACCACAUGCUUUUUCUUUUGCCUGACUGAAUUAUCGUCAGCCUCUGUGUAACCAAGUGUAGGAACGCCAUUUGAUUCUUGAUGGAAAAAUGUGGCUAAGCUGAGGAUAACACUCAGCAGGGCAUAUGUCAGAAGGUGGCCAAGACAGAGGUGGUUGUUUUGGUGAGAUGAACCGAGUGACUUGACAUCACCUCCAUCUUUGCAUGCAGACUGGUAGCAGAAUUAUAAGGAGCCUGGAAUCAUUUGUGAGGAUAACAACAAUUGGUAGCGAGAGUCACUUUCUAACUUUCUCCGAACUGUCUUUUACUCCUGGGCUCACAGAAGCACUAUUUCCUGGCCUAAGCCCCAUGACAGUGGUGUUUGGGGAGAGGGGGAGAACAGCAGCUCCCUUUUGGACAAAGAAGCAGGUAGGAUCCCCAAACCCCAUCCUCCUGGCCAGUGUGAUAACACCUCCGAUCUUCAAACAGGAAGAACAAAGCUCGGCUCGGUGGCCCAAAGGGGCUUCCAGUGGGUUGAAUCAAUAGAGAGAAUCCACAAAUCUCCUAGCAACAUAUCAGGCCAAGAUGUAUAAACAUUUUAUAGCUGGAGGUAAUGGGAAGGGAAGACAGGCAGGUAAGCACGUGUUGUAAGCCAGAUGUUCCUGAUGUUGGGUUACAGCUCCCACAGUUCUGCGCCCUUUAAUAAGCUAGUUAGUGCCAAUGAAAGAUACAGUUCAACCACAUCUGGAGGGCCACUUGUUAGCUAACUCCCUGCAGUAGGUCAGGCAUAGCACAAGGGGCCUUGAUUGUACAGGCGUUACAGCCACCGCAGCAGGUCAAUCACAUGGUGUUCGGAACAGUUCUGGUUGGCUCCUGCCUUUGUCCCAGACACAUUCUGCCUGCGGCACCUUCACCCCUACCAGUCUUCCCACCUUUUCAAUGUUUGACUCCACACUGACAAGACAGCUAGAACAGUGCAUUUUCUUUUUUCUUCUUUUCUUUUUUUAAAAAACCAUUCAGGCCUCUUUUUUUCUAUUCCUCACACACCAGCAUGUUUCCGAGCUGCUCUGUUGUGCCUGUUCAGCAGAUGGAUAAAUGCUUCCUAGGCUUCUACUUAAAAUGGAAGUGACUUUGGGGACACCCAGAAAAUAGAAGCAAGUGUGUAUUGGGGAGAGGAGUACAGAAACCUAGGAGGAGAAGCUGGCCUUUGGGAAAGGAACAUAUUAGUUCUUCACAUGCUGUGGUCUGUUGUAGAUUUGCAACAACUGAGCACCUCGGUAGAAUUCUCCCAGAGUGUCAAUAAACCCAUAACUACAAGAAUGAUGUUAAUGGUGCGUUUUUUGAUAAUAUUUUUUAAUCCUCUGGAAAAGGCUCAAGCGGGCAUUCAAAGGAUAGCCUACCAGACAAUGCUUUCCUAUGUAAAUUGCAUGCCCUUUGCUACACAAGACUUCUAAGUUUUCAAGACAAGCUGAUUUUGGCUUGAUAUGGCUUUCUGCCAAGCAAAUUUUAAUAAUGAAUCAAUGCACAAGAAAUGUCAACUUUUCUUGUGUUCUGUCAAGAGACAGGUAGUGGGAGAGAGAUGAGAAAGGUAAGGAGUGCAGUAAGUAAGAUUUAUUUGCAUAGUAGAAAGAGCAAAUGAAGAUUAAGGCACAGCAGAGCACUCUUCCAUGGUUCAUGAAGCUAAUGUUUUUGUUAUUGGCAAUGUGUAGGAGAGUAGAAAAGAAGAAAUGUUCCAAAAAUUAGUUCCUGUGGCUAAGAGACCAUUAAUGUGGAAUGAGUUGGGCUAAUGGAGCAUGUUUUUUAAUGCAUUUCAUCUUGCAUGCUUUCACCUUGGGUAUAGAAGGAGGGGGGAAAUGUUGCUGGAAGCUCCCUAUACACAACUGAAAAGCAGUGGGAAAACGUUUUCAGAACUGUGCAGUUUGUGCAUCAUAAUGGUCUAUCAACAUAAAGUUCCAUCUUGAUAUUUUAAUACUGACAAAAUUUCUUAGCCUGUGAUGCUGAUGAUUAACAAGAUGACAUUUUCUGCUUUUUAGAACAUUGUUCCAUGCCUUCUGCCUCUCCUGUCCAGGGUUGUGUUGUUGCAUCAAAAAAUGGAAGAUGAAGUAUGAUUUGUGUAGUAGUUAGAGGUUAGGUCUGGGACUAUGAAAUGACAGGUGCUGAAUUCUGAUUUCUUGGAAGAUGGUGAAUCAGCUUCAGCUUUAAGACCUCUAGGAGAGAUCUAAAGUACUAAGCCCAGUACUCCAGAUAGUUCUAGUACCUUGCACAGAUCCCUCAAAGUUCAGACUAAAACCCAGAGUGCAACUCUUGCAGAAUCAGAGUCCCCACCAGCUCCUCAGUGGGACGACCUAGUGAAAGUUACUUUCUAUUAACCUAACUUAAUGUACUGUCUUGUGAGGGUGAAGUGAAAGGAGAAAGAAUCAUAUACAUCAGGAUGGGCAACUGUGGUCCUCCGGAGGUUUUGGCCUACAGUACCCAGGAGUCCUCACUGUUGGCUGUGCUGAUGGGAAUUGUAGGCUGGGGGAAAAAAAAAAGUACAGAAGGUCACAGUAGCUCACUGGAGAUGAACUCUCUAAGCAGCUCUUUAGAAGUUCAGAAUAAAAAGGCAACAGAUGUCAGUGUGGGCAGCUCUCUGAGCAGUGCAAUAUUGAUUAGAUUUUGGGAUCCAGUGUGUGUUGCCUUCGAGAAAGUAGGGAAUGUGUGGCCCUCCAGAUGUUGUUGAAACUCAGUGGUCAUCAUCCCUGAUGAUUGACUGGGUUGCUGAUAGCCAGAGUCCUACAAUGUCUAGGAGCCACGCCCCCCCCUCACCCCCAGUGCUUUAUAAUGACUGGUAUGUUGCAGGGAAGCAGUUUGUUGUGAGAGAGGGCUUAAUCUGAAACAGGCUUUAACCCAUCCUUCCACUUUUUUGCUUCACAGGCCAGCUUCUAGUGUUUGCCCUGUUGGCUGAGGGCUGCUGCUGAUCUCUUGCCAGGAUUGCAGAGCUAGGUAGACCUGGAUUUAGACCAUGGCAUUGCAAAUUUCAAGCACAACUAGAGGCUGGAAUUUGGGGAAGAGAUAAUACUUUUUC